UGUCAAAGUUGCAAAAAAUUGACCAAAAUUUAAUUAGCCAAAUUACAGACAGUCCAAAUAACCCUUUUUUUCAUAUCUUUGACAAUUUAGUAGGAAAUCCAGUCUGCAUUUAUUCGUGCGUAUGCUAAGCACUCACGACAAAACAGGGAAGGUCAUAUAACUAUAACUCCUGCCAAGCCCACAUGUUUAACCAGGUAAGUAAAUUUUUGACCGCCCAUACCGAGAGAUUUCUUCAAAAGCGAGAGGCAAAACUGUUUAGUAAAAGCAUGCUUCAUUCUACAACUAAAUAUUUUAUUUGUCAGAACAAACGAAUCAAAAUUUUUUACAGCACCACACUUUUUGGCAGAAUAGUUUGGAAUAUGUAAGUCACAAUAUAAAUUAUAUCACUUACUUCGAUUAAAUGUUAGUGCACUGCAUAACAAAAGUACUCGUAACAAAAGGAUGUACUGUAAGUAUUUGGUUAGACACAUGCGCGUAGUCAAACUUUGCUCAGUCAUGAACGAUCAAGUCAUGAAUUUCGGGGACUUGUUUGCUUACGAUAAAUUAAUUAAAUCAUAAGUAUCUUGAACGUUAGUACGUACUUACAAUUAAUUACUGUAGAAGUACAGUACUCAUUUUGUUAUGCAAACUUAACGUAAUUCUCCGACUUCGCACUUCGCAGUAUCUAACUGCGUGAUCAUGGAUUGCUUGUUUUUGUUUUCAACUUCGUAUUAACCAAUUAUUGCUGCUUUUCAAUUAUUUGCUUGAUAAUCAGCUUAUUAAUAACUCUCCGACCAAAUAUACGGAUUGGAAGCACCGUAAUUUCAAUGACGUUUAAAUACAAAGACCAAACUAAGCAUUCCAAUCUGACUGAGUACAUUAAACUGCGUAUAUGCGCGUGCAGCUUCGAUCCGGAUACCCAAAAAUUUGAAACUCUGCACAAAAGAAUUGCUGAACUUCAUGCUGCUGCUGAACAACUUUUUGAAUCCAACAAAAAGUUGCGCUUUACUGUGAGCGCUAUACAACUAGGGAUUUCGGAACCUGUACUAUCACCUUCAGCUGCAGGAAACAUUGAUUCUGUACCCAGCAAAUCACCGGCUGAUGGUGCAAAGCCGCAGAAUAAGUUGACUGGGGAACAAGAUACUGAUACUGAUAACACUGGCAAACAUUCUUCUAAAGGAAAGAAAAAGAAAGUUGGAGGAUAAUUGAUUUUAAUGCCUGACCAUUUGAUGAUGUUCUUAUACCGACAUACAUAUACUUACAGGUACCUAUAUCUAUACUUAGUCAGACUCACAUGACAAUACAGCGCCUUUUAGAACUGUCGUGCAUUCUCCAAUUAUUUUUUUAAAUUAAAUUCGACUGGAAUGGCGACUGUUAUGAAUGGCUUGAUUAUAACUAAUACUAGA